AUGAAAAGAAAGCUUGGCGGUGACGAUGUGGAUGUUGUUCGUGACGCGAAGCGGCGCUUUCACCUCGUCAACAAACCGCGACGCACCAUGAAUGAGCUGCUAGCCUUUAUCCUCGACCAUGAAGAAGCGUUUCGAAGUCGCGGUCGCCUUGCGUCGCUGUAUUCGGACUUCCGCUCUCAAAUCCACACCAACCCCGAUGGCUACCAUGCUAACAUAGGCGCCUGGAAGAAGGCGCUCGCGGACGCAGCGCGCGCUGGAGUGAUUCCAUCUCAAGGGGCCGCGCACGAUCUCCUCACGAUUCGGACGGGCGACGAGCUAUCGAGAGCGCUUGCUACCCGCGAGUAUGGACGACCCAUGGCCUUGGGAGUGGUGAUAGGAGACGCUGUAUCGAAGAAAGAAAUGGUCCCUCUGAACGACUUUCUGUCCUCGAAGACGAGUAUCUACAAUCGGAGUUGGGUUCCAACGCCAUGGCAGGUCAUAUCAUGGGGACUGCGGCAGCUAGGAGUGAUUGGAGCUCCAGGAUCUCAAGAAAGUCUAGCUGUUGGAAACUUUGUAGUAAUGGCUAAUGUUGAGGCCGCCGCGUCCAUUAUCCUUAAACAAAUGUCCUCUAGCAAAUCGAAUGUAGACCUCGUCUUCUCCCGCAGCACCUUCGCGACCGAAUUCGCCAAUACCCUGGACUCGUCCCACGCCCUUACCCAGAUCGAUCUCAACAUACUCCUCACCUACCUUGCUCGAGAUAAGCAGGCUAUAUCCUUUGACUCCAAAACCGUCAAGUUCAAACAGGAAAGCCAAGCUGUACCAUCUCCAAUAACUCACCAGGAUGCCACGAUCGCCAACCUCCGUGACCUUAUUUCCUCUAUCAGCACCCAAAUCCCACCCUUGACUGGACGGAUAGCAACACUCGACGCUACUGCUCGAUCCGCCGUGGCCUCCAAGACUAUGACGGCAGCGAAGAGUGCUCUCCGCUCUAAGAAACUUGCCGAAGCUACGCUUGUCCGUCGUACAGAUACCCUUGCCCAGCUCGAAGAAGUGCUUGCCAAGAUCGAGCAAGCUGCUGAUCAGGUCGAGAUUAUCAAAGUUAUGGAAGCUAGCGCGACUGUGCUCAAGGGGCUGCAUAAGGAGGUUGGAGGUGCGGAAGGCGUCGAGGGUGUCGUUGAUGCGCUGAAAGAGGAGAUGAGCAAGGUUGACGAGGUUUCUGGUAUCAUCAAUGAGGUCGGCCAGGAGGGUGUUGUGGAUGAUAACGAGGUGGAUGAAGAGUUCGAGGCCUUGGAGAGAGUGGAGAGGGAGAAACAGGAGAAAAUAGAAAGAGAGAAGAGAGAGCAAGAAGAAGCGGAAAAGACGAGAGUCCGACUCGAAGAACUGGAGAAGCUAGACCAGGAGAGGAAGGAGAAGAAGAGAGUGGAGAGAGAGAGGAACAGGCUAGAAGAAGAGAAGAUACGAGAGGUCGAAAGGAAGAGACAGGAAGAAGAGAGGACACGAGAGGCGGAAGCGGCACAGAACGCCUCUGUGGACGACUCGAUUUUGGAGCAGGCCUCUCAAGAGAUGAGCAGCAUGUCUUUGAGCGAGACAGGCUCUGAACAAGCCGAGAAGCCUAAAGAACCAGUUCCAGCAUCCUAGCGAGGUGAAUCCGGUUUCUACACCUGUAUCAUGUCUGGUCAAGAUUGUUUUAAUGUUUCAUUGAGGUCUUGCAGCUCGGAGUUCAUGAGUCUAAGAGAAAGCGUGCGACCCUUGGACUUAGUCGCUUCGGCGUCAUGGCUUCAAACAUACAUAUAGGGUCUUGUUUUAAUCAACGUGUAUAAAUGGUUCAGUGGGUUCUCUCAGAGCUACUUAUCUCUCUGUUUCACUGCGGGGUCUAUCAUUCUGAUGUGCUUUGAGUCAGUGUAGUAGGCUCAGACUGCUCAUACUUCCCCGUAACUCUGGAAUAGACUAAGAAAAUGUCGCCAAUCCGUUGCAUCCACUCGAAUUCCCCCCUCCCCGGAAUGGCUGAUCUUCAAGGGGGAAAAUGAGGGCAUAUAUGCCUAUAGCACUGCCUCCACUUCAAUUUCAGCCCCAUCCCUUCGGCCCCCCUACCAAACGCCUAUAUAAACACAGUAGC